CCCGCCCCUCGGGGCGGCUCUGCGCAUGCUCGGCGGUGCGGCCGGCAGCGCGGGCGGUGGCGACCUGGAGACCCCCGAGGGAUGGAAGCGCCGGCGCCGGCGGAGGCGGCAGGAUGCGAGGAGCUCGAUAUGGACGUGAUGAGGCCCUUAAUAAACGAGCAGAAUUUCGAUGGCUCGUCCGACGAGGAGCAGGAGCAGACGCUCCUGCCCAUGCAGAAGCACUACCAGCUGGACGGGCAGCACGGGAUUUCAUUCGUGCAGACCUUGAUGCAUCUUCUCAAGGGGAACAUCGGAACUGGCCUUUUAGGGCUCCCCUUGGCAAUAAAGAACGCGGGCAUUGUGCUUGGCCCCAUCAGCCUUGUGUUUAUAGGGAUUAUCUCCGUCCACUGUAUGCACAUAUUGGUACGUUGCAGUCACUUUCUAUGUCAGAGGUUUAAGAAGUCAACGCUGGGGUAUAGUGACACUGUGAGUUUGGCCAUGGAGGCUAGCCCGUGGAGUUGCCUUCAGAGGCAGGCGGCGUGGGGACGGAGCGUGGUCGACUUCUUUCUGGUGAUAACACAGCUGGGAUUCUGCAGCGUCUACAUUGUCUUCUUAGCUGAGAAUGUGAAACAGGUUCAUGAAGGAUUCCUGGAGAGCACAGUGAUCGUUUCGAACAGCUCGGAUCUGUCUCCUGCCUGUGAGAGAAGAAGUGUGGACCUCAGGGUCUACAUGCUCUGCUUUCUUCCACUUAUAAUCCUCUUGGUCUUCAUUCGAGAGCUGAAGAAUCUCUUCGUACUUUCAUUCCUUGCCAACGUUUCCAUGGCUGCUAGUCUUGUGAUAAUUUACCAGUAUGUUGUUAGGAACAUGCCAGAUCCCCAUAACCUUCCCAUAGUGGCUGGUUGGAAGAAAUACCCACUGUUUUUUGGCACUGCUGUGUUUGCUUUUGAAGGCAUAGGAGUGGUGCUCCCACUGGAAAAUCAAAUGAGAGAGUCCAAACGCUUCCCUCAGGCGCUGAACAUUGGCAUGGCUAUUGUCACAGUGCUGUACAUCAGCCUAGCUACCCUAGGCUACAUGUGUUUCCGUGAUGAGAUCAAAGGCAGCAUAACCCUGAAUCUUCCCCAGGACACGUGGUUGUAUCAGUCAGUGAAGAUUCUGUAUUCCUUUGGCAUUUUUGUGACCUAUUCAAUUCAGUUCUAUGUCCCAGCAGAGAUCAUUAUCCCUGGAGUCACUGCUAGACUUCAUGCCAAAUGGAAGCGCAUCUGUGAAUUUGGGAUACGGUCCCUCCUGGUUAGUAUCACCUGUGCUGGGGCGGUUCUCAUUCCUCGCCUAGACAUUGUGAUCUCCUUCGUGGGGGCCGUGAGUAGCAGCACACUAGCCCUCAUCCUGCCCCCACUCGUGGAAAUCCUUACAUUUUCUAAGGACCACUAUAACAUCUGGAUGAUCCUGAAAAACAUUUCUAUAGCGUUCACUGGAGUCGUGGGCUUCUUGUUGGGCACGUAUGUCACUGUUGAAGAAAUUAUUUAUCCUACUACAGCAGUUGUCGCUGGCACCUCCCAGAGUCCCUCUCUGAAUGUGAACUCUACGUGCAUAGCAAGUGGUUUGUAAUAGUGAGAGGAGGGCGCUGAGUCCUCUCUUGUCAUCCCAGUUCUAACGUCAGUGAAGAACGGGUACAGGGCAUCGCAUACAUUGAACAGUGCCAAACUCCUAGGUUUUGUUGGUAGAGCAUUGUAAUUUGACUGUGAACUGGACAUCUUUCGCAGCUAUGAUAAACUGUGGCAGAUUAUUGCUUUUAUCUAUGACAAUGAAAAAUUUUAAAUUAGCCUUGAAAAUUGAAAAAAUUUAAAAUUCAAAAUGUAAACAAUAAGCGUAGCCUAUUAUUCUUUUUCUGUAAGAAACACUUUGAGUAAGUGUUCUUUUUCUUAUCACUAUUGAGAAGAUAAAGGAUUGUAUAAAUUAAAUAGGGACAUAGUUUAAAAACCUCUUUAAAGCACCCACACCUUUGAAGUACACCUCCUGUGUACGUGUGCACAGAAUGCACUGAUUGUGCUUUUAUUCCAUGGGUGAUGCUGCUGACAGGCCCUGGAGGUAUAGUAGAGUCCAGCUGACCACCAUGUUAGCAUUAGAAAGUUCCCAGAGCCAGAAUCUUCAUUGUCCAGCUCUCCAGAGAGUAGGGAAGUCACCGGGAAGCACCAAACACGGUUCUGAUGUCCUCUUUCAGUACAGGUAAAAGGUCAUCGAGGUAUCUGGACUAUUGCUCCCUUAGUUAUAUCUUGUUAGGUUUCUGUUGCUGUGAUAAAACACCACGACCAGAAGCAGUUAUGGAGGAGAGGGCUUCAGUUUGCAGUCUGCAUCACAAUCCAUCAUCAAGGGGAGUCGGGCUCAGGGGCUCAGGGCAGCAGCCUGGAGGCAGGAGCCUGGAGGCACGAGCUGACGCAGAGGCCACAGAGGAGUGCUGCCCGCUGCCUUGCUUCUUUCUCAGUAAGGUGCUUUCUUGCAGCACCCAGGGCAGCCAGCCCAGGGGUGGUGCUGCUCACAGAGGGCAUAGCCCUGUCCCCACCCCAGACCACAGGUUAGUCUUGCAGAGAUGUUUUCUUAAGUGAGUCUCUUCCAGAAAUGACCCCAGAUUGUGUGAAGUUGACAUAAAACUGGCCAGGAUCAUUGCCAUUGUAGGAAAUGGAGUUCCAGAAACGUUAGGUGGCUUGGUCAAGAGGACUUAGCCUUGACUCAAGAGAACCUGAUAUUUGACCCAGUGCAGAGACUGGAAAAAAAUUAUUUUUCCUAUCAUAGUCAAUAAUGAUAAAACACAUUCAGCUUAAUGUUAGUGUAAAGUUUAAUUAUAUUUUCAUCCUUUGGGAGUAUGUGUCUUAUCUCUGAAUAGUACAUGUGACGUGAUAAAAAGCCAGAAAAGAAACCCAAGAAACCUGCCUGGUGGCCUCCUAGACCUCAGACAGAAAGAAGCUAACAGUCGUUCAUAUGGUAGGGGACUGGCUUGCCGUAGGGUGUGCUGUAAGGUGGCGGUCACAGGGCGGAGGCCCCUUAAACGGUAGGAGACCGCCGGCUAACUAGUGUCCUAGUUGCAUGCUCUCUUGUCUCCUAGGUUUGCAGGCAUUAUAGAUACCUGACAAAACACAGAAUUGCACAUUUUCCUUGCCACAUAGAUUUCCUUACUGCAAUCUCCCAUCGAUGAUCUGAAUGGGCAGAGAACUGCCCAGUGAGUGCUUAGGAAAACUCGAAACAGUAGAGAACUGUCUAGUAACUCCCAGGGCACUUCAGGCAUUGUCCAGAGAGAUGUGGCCUUCACUCCUCUUCAAACACACUAGCCAAAGCAACCAAGCUCAUCUGAUGAUGAAGAGGAGAACUGGGGACUUUGAGGGACUCAGUGGGGUCAACUCCUGGACGUCUUUGCCCAUUGGCUCUGUAAUGUGUAAGCUGGAAGAUGUUACCCAGCUGUCUGUGGAAUUCUCUAUUUUUUUUUAUGUAAAUGUUAACUUAUUCAGGCGUGGCCUUGCUUACGUCAUUGCUUUGUCUUCAUGUGUGAGCCUAUAAGUAUAUCAGAAGCUUUAUUUUGCUAAGCAUUCAUAAGAACCAAAAUUUAAAAUCAUUUAUGUUAGAUAUUUCUAAUAAUUGUUUGUUAUUUUAUGUUAAAUUGGUACUUCAAGUCUUCAGUCUUAGGCAGUGGAAGAGGUUGUGAGGAAAGUAAUUUCAUUGGAAUUUAUCAGUGAGAAACGUUAUUUGCUAUUUUGAACCGUACAGUGGCAUACGGUGAGUUACAGACUCCCUGCCCAGGAAGCCGCAUGCGGUUCUCGUCAGCUGUGUCCACGUUGUAUUUCUGCUGCACAUGCUCAGUUUUAUUUUUGUUUUUCCGCCCGCUCCAUGUGGAAUUCAAGUGCAGCGGGUUUUUAACUAGUGGGUCACUGCAAGGCUUUUUAAGUUCCGCACACAGGGUGUGAGCCUCUUAUCAGGCAGGAUUUCUUAGGUAGUAAGACUGCUGAAUCAACAGCAUCUAUGGGACUCCCCAGAUCAUCAACCCAAGAGGAGUCACAAUACAGAAAGGAAGACAGGCUGAGAGAAGCGGAGAGGGUUGUAGUUUCUAGUGUGAAGCACUGCUUACAAGCCAAGUGUAAAAGGCACACACUUGUUUAAGCGUGCCUGAAGGUGUACUUGCCAUUUGAUCUUUUUUCUCUGAUAUUUGGUUUAACAGAAUUACACUUUCUAAAGGGUUUUGGAGAAGAUGUGUUGAUUCCAGCAUCCUUUCCUUUUGUCUGGGGCUGGUGGAAGGGGAAGCAGGUGGGCCUGUUGAAUUCAUGUUUGCUGUCUUGAUGGAUCACAUGGUAACUGAAAUGACCCCAGCAGUUACUUCCUGGCAUGGCGGGAACUGUCCCUGAAAGCUAGCCAGUUACAUGGGUGCUAUUUCCACUGUGAAGCAUUGAGAAGAAAGCUGUUGUUACCUCCCACGGGCUCUCUGCUCCCUGGAACUAACUCCACGGAGUGCAUUGGUGUCUGAGUCCAUUCAUAACACACUGUUCCCACAGGACUUUUUAGCACAGGCUCUUUCCCUCCAUGUGACCCUGUUUCUCCACAGUUGAAGAAGUAGGCGCUGGGAAGUUUUCAGGUUAGAUGUGCCCCUUAACGUGAACAAAGCUGUGUUUGUGAUGCUCCAGUACUUUCCUGUCACCAAGGCUGGCUCUCAGUCUUGUUAGAUGAUGCACUUAACGUGUUUAUAAGCCAUUUAUGACAGUGCACUUGUGAAUUUCCUAACAGGGUUUGACCUUAUGUGGUACAUGUGUUUGCUGUCCUAGAGAAUGUCAGCCUUAGCGUGUUUCGAUGAUGCCCUUCUCACUAGGUUUUACGUAGCUUACCAUUUCACUUUGGUGCUCACAGAUGCAGCACAUCUGUUCCUGGCAGCAUACCUGAGGCCUUGUGUGCCACUCCUUUUUCUUCAGUCAGGAUGGGAAAGAUACAGAAGAGAGCCAAUGGAGAUAAUAAAUGCAGCUGUUUAUGUAACACGAAUGCUUCAGCAGAUGUCAACUGUUGAGUAAUAAAACUGCUAUAAAGCAUCAGUAACGUAAAAUUAUAAAAUGUUGGAAAAUGUGUUUGUUUUAAUCAGCUUGGCUCAGUGAUCUUCCCUCACUUAAGAAAAUGUAAGGGAUUUGUCUAGUGCAGAUAGCAGGAUUCUUCCUCUCAUUAGUGGCUGCAUGUUACUGGCCAGACCUGACUUUCUGCAUCUCGUUGGUUCUGACCUAGGAUAUAAAAGAAAUAUGCUUAGGAAGUGACUAGGUCUAAAAUUUAUUGCCUAAUGAGUGAAAUGACAAACCACCCAAUUGUUCUGACUUCCUGUUAUAAUUGGCUCACAGCUGUGUGCACCCAUGCAUGUUACCCCAGAGGGACUCACAUCUGAAUCCAUUUCAGCUACUCUAUCCCAGGUAGGACCAGAUGAUGAUCACAUAGGAAAAUCCACAUUCAUGACAUGAACAGUUCAGGCUAUAGAUUUUUGUUUUUAAAAAAGGAUUUUGUAAGCUUUAUUGAAAGUAAAGUUUCAUUGGACUUGUAUCAUUUCUUAUAUUUAUUUUUCUUUGUAAAAGAGUUUGAAAAUGUCUGACAGUACUGUGAUUUCUGAAUUGUCAAUAAAGUAUAAUUAUUUU